AUGUGGUUUGAUGAAUGGGCGCAAAAAUAUAAAUGGUUGCCACAAUAUGACAGUGCUAUCAAGAAAAUUUGGAAUGGAAAGUGUGCAGAAAUUUUAAGAAAUACAAUGCAUACUGUUAGGCAAGACCUAUAUCAAAAACAAGUUAGAGCUAAGUGGAUUCCACGUCAAGUGAUGGAGGAGUUAGAGAGAAUAUGGGCAUCAGAAGAUUAUAAGGCCAAAUGUGAGAUAGCUAAAGCCAAUCGAGCCUCGACCACAGGAGGUACUCAACACAAAGGUGGUAGUAUUCCUAAUACUGAGCAUAAGAGGAGGCUGGCUUUAGAGUUGGGAAGAGACCCUACUAUGUUUGAACUGUUCAAGAAGACACAUCAAAAUGAGAGCACUGGAGCAUUUGUGGACAAGCGGGCAGAAUUAGUUCAUGAUGAUUUCAUAAGGAGAAAGGCAUCCAUAAGUUCUGAAGGAGGCUCUGCAAGUGUACAAUCUAAUCAAGCAGAAUUUAAUAUAUGGUUAGAGGCUACAGGUGGUAGAAACAAGAAGGGUCGCAUCUAUGGGUUUGGAUCUGAGGCUGACGGUGACAUUGGUUGUACACAAGCAUCUCCUCCUUCCAUCAGCACCACAAGCAUCCAUCCUAAUGUUGAAAAUGAAUUACGCAUGAAGAUAACAGCGCUUACAGAGGAGAAUGAACAAAUCAAACAACAGAAUGUCAUGAUCAUGUCUGCAUUGGAAAAAAUGGGAAUUACAUUUCCUUUGCCCUCUAACAGUACAAAUGCAGAAAAUGACAAUUGAGAGUUAUUAUGUAGUUGAGUAAUUGACUCUAGUAUAAGACUUUUGACAUUUCAAAUAUUUUUCAUUGAGAA